AUGGAAUCUGUCGCCCUGAACGCCGCACGACUUGUGCUUCGCCAGGAUGCUGGUGAGCCGCCAGUGGUGGAAUGUGAGACGGCAAACGAGUAUGAUGGUCGCAUGGGCAUCAGGAUCUCUUCCAUAUUCGUCAUUUUGAUCGGUUCCAUGUGGGGUGCCGUAUUUCCAGUCUUUGCCAAACGUAUGCGUUCGAGAUAUGUACCCCAAUGGGCCUUCUUUGUCGCCAAAUACUUUGGAUCCGGUGUCAUUGUCUCGACGGCCUUCAUUCACCUUCUCGCGCCUGCCAAUGAGGCCUUGACUAACCCCUGCUUGACUGGUGUCAUCGUUUCCUACCCUUGGGUCGAGGGCAUUGCCCUCAUGGUUAUCUUCGUCAUGUUCUUCAUCGAGCUCAUGACGAUGCGCUACGCAACUUUCGGCAGCAGCAAUGACCAUGCUCAGGAGCACAAGGAGCACAAGCUCGAAGCACCCCACACCCAGGCUGUCUCAGCCGGGACCCAGAGCACAACCGACCUGAGCAAUCGCAAGUCGCAGGAUCCAGAGGCCGCCGUUCCAACCGCCAACCCUCAUCUUCGUGGCGAAGACCACUUGGGCCACCAACGCGACCACGUAGAUAACUCAGAUGUGGAUUCCGACUGGGAGACCCGUGGCUUCGUACCCGAGACCUACUCUGCCCAACUCACUUCCGUCUUCAUCCUCGAAUUCGGUGUCAUCUUCCACUCGGUCUUUGUCGGCUUGACCCUGGCCGUCGCAGGUGCAGAGUUCAUCACACUCUACAUUGUACUCGUUUUCCAUCAAACCUUUGAGGGCCUUGGUCUCGGUGCCCGUCUCGCAGAGGUUCCCUGGCCUGCAAGUAAACGCUGGACCCCUUAUCUCCUGGCCAUGGGAUACGGCAUUUCCACACCCAUUGCCAUUGCCAUUGGCCUCGGGGUCCGAGAAAGCUUCGCGCCCGAGUCACGCACCACGCUCCUUGUCAAUGGCGUCUUCGACUCCAUCAGUGCUGGCAUCCUCAUCUACACGGGCCUGAUUGAACUCAUGGCCCAUGAAUUCAUGUUCAGUUCGUAUAUGCAAAAAGGCCCUGUUAGCAGGACACUCAAGGCUUUUACCCUCAUGGUUCUCGGUGCUGGGUUAAUGGCACUCCUAGGUUUCUGGGCCUAG